CACAGCGGAGUCGCCGCAAAGGCCGAUGGGGCGGUGGAGGCCGCGCGGCCGCCAGCGUCGAUACCAUGGCGACGGCCUGUGGGACGGGGGUGGCCAUGGCGGCGUUUUCCGCGUUACUCGUGGGGACUGGGAGUGCGCUCCUCCUGUUGUUUCUCCCUGGAGCCUCACAGGCCCAGGUCUUCUCGUUCCCUUUCCAGCAGCCGGAGAAGUGCGACCGCAGCCAGUACUUCGACAUCUCCGCGCUCUCCUGCGUCUCGUGUGGCGCCCACCAGAGGCCGGAUGCCCGAGGUACUUCAUGUGUUUGUCUACCAGGAUAUCAAAUGAUCUCUAAUAAUGGAGGACCUGCCAUUAUUUGUAAAAAGUGCCCAGAAAACAUGAAAGGUGUUACUGAAGAUGGCUGGAACUGCAUUUCUUGCCCUAGUGGCUUAACUGCAGAAGGAAAAUGCCACUGUCCCACGGGCCAUAUUUUGGUGGAAAGAGAUAUUAAUGGAACGUUGUUGUCUCAAGCAACUUGUGAGCUCUGUGAUGGAAAUGAAAAUUCUUUUUCGGUAGCAAAUGCUUUAGGAAACAGGUGCAUCCGAUGUGAACCAACAUUCAUUAAUACCACCAGGUCCUGUACAUGUUCAGAACCUAACAUUUCAACAGGAGGAUUGUGUUUCAGCAGCACAGGAAAUUUUCUUCCACGUAGAAUCUCAAUUGCACGUUAUGGAGAGCUUGGCAUGUCUUUAACUUCGGAGUGGUUUGGGAAGUAUUUGCAAUCAUCAGCAAUUGCAUGUUUGGUGUAUGCCAAUCUAACAUCUUGCCAAGCUCUUGGAAAUAUGUGUGUGAUGAACAUGAAUUCUUAUGACUCUGCCACAUUUGAUGCAUGUAAACUGUUUCAGUUCAUCUUUGAAAAUACUGCUGGACUGAGCACUGUUCAUUCUAUUUCAUUUUGGAGACAGAAUCUUCCAUGGCUGUUUUAUGGAGACCAACUAGGAUUAGCACCUCAAGUACUCAGUUCUACCCCUCUUCCUACAAAUUUCAGUUUUAAAGGGGAAAACCAGAAUACAAAACUGAAGUUUGUUGCUGCUUCCUAUGAUAUAAGAGGAAAUUUUCUCAAGUGGCAAAGUUUAGAAGGAGGUGUUUUACAGCUUUGUCCAGACACAGAGACAAGGCUAAAUGCUGCUUAUUCUUUUGGAACAACCUAUCAACAAAAUUGUGAGAUUCCUAUCUCUAAGAUCUUAACCGACUUUCCCUCUCCUAUAUUUUAUGAUGUGUACCUUGAAUAUACUGAUGAGAAUGAACAUGAAUAUAUUUGGGCUGUGCCUGUGUUAAAUCUAAAUCUUCAACACAAUAAAAUAUUUGUAAACCAAGACAGUAGCUCUGUAAAGUGGCUUCUGACUCGGCGCAUUUUCUUAGUGGAUGCAGUAAGUGGACGAGAAAAUGACUUAGGAAGUCAACCAAAAGUAAUUCGAGUUGCUACCCAAAUAUCGCUGAGCAUCCACCUUGUACCCAGCACAAAAAAUGGAAACGUAUACCCUCCCUUAAUCACCAUUGCCUACAGUGACAUUGAUAUCAAAGACCCCAGCAGCCAAUCUGUGAUGGUCUCUUUCUCAGUCAAGUAUGAAAUGAAUCAUGGAGAAGCACAUGUCCAGACAGAUAUUGCUUUGGGUGUGUUGGGUGGACUAGCUGUUUUAGCAUCUCUUUUGAAGACAGCAGGGUGGAAGAGGCGCAUUGGGAGUCCUAUGGUUGAUUUACAGACAGUAAUGAAAUUCCUGGUGUACUAUGCUGGCGAUUUGGCUAACGUAUUCCUUAUCAUCACAGUGGGAACAGGUCUUUAUUGGCUUAUUUUCUUCAAAGCACAGAAGUCUGUCUCUGUGUUGCUGCCAAUGCCAGUUCAGGAAGAACGUUUUGUUACAUAUGUUGGAUGUGCCUUUGCUCUGAAGGCACUGCAAUUCUUGCAUAAACUCCUAUCUCAGAUUACCAUAGAUAUAUUUUUUAUUGAUUGGGAGCGACCUAAAGGAAAGGUUCUGAAAUCUGUUGAAGGUGAGGGUGGUGUACGGAGUGCUACUGUUCCUGUAAGCAUAUGGAGAACAUAUUUUGUAGCAAAUGAAUGGAAUGAAAUUCAGACUGUGAGAAAAAUUAAUUCGCUCUUUCAAGUGCUUACUGUCCUCUUCUUUUUGGAGGUUGUGGGAUUCAAGAACUUAGCAUUAAUGGACUCAUCCUCAAAUCUUUCCAUAAGCCCACCUAGCUAUAUAGCUCCUUACAGCCGCAUUUUGAGAUAUGCAGUGUCUGCAGCUCUUUGGCUAGUCAUUGGAAUUAUACAGAUCAUGUUCUUUGCUGUCUUUUAUGAGCGAUUUAUAGAAGAUAAAAUUCGACAGUUUGUUGAUUUGUGCUCUAUGAGUAAUAUAUCAGUAUUUCUGUUAUCCCACAAAUGUUUUGGAUAUUACAUUCAUGGUAGAUCAGUACAUGGGCAUGCAGAUACUAAUAUGGAAGAAAUGAAUAUGAAUCUCAAAAGAGAAGCGGCAAAUUUGUGUAGCCAGAGAGGUUUGGUACCCAACACAGAUGGUCAGACUUUUCAGAUUGCAAUUUCUAGCCAAAUGAGACAAUACUAUGACAGAAUUCAUGAGACACUCAUAAGGAAAAAUGGCCCUGCUAGAUUAUUGAGUUCAUCAGCAAGUACUUUUGAGCAGAGUAUAAAAGCAUAUCAUGCAAUGAAUAAAUUUCUUGGCUCCUUCAUCGAUCAUGUUCAUAAGGAAAUGGAUUACUUUAUAAAAGAUAAGUUGCUUCUUGAAAGAAUUCUUGGAAUUGAAUUCAUAGAGCCAAUGGAAAAAAGCAUCUUUUACAAUGAUGAAGGUUACUCUUUCAGCAGUGUUCUAUAUUAUGGAAACGAAGCUACCCUUCUUAUUUUUGAUUUGCUGUUCUUCUGUGUUGUGGAUUUGGCUUGUCAAAAUUUUAUUUUAGCAGCCUUCCUUACAUACCUACAACAAGAGGUAUUUAGAUUUAUCCGUAAUACAGUAGGACAAAAGAAUUUGGCAUCCAAAACGUUGGUGGAUCAAAGAUUUUUGAUUUAAUUUACUGAAUGAAUAACUCAAAGAUUCAAUAUAAUAAUGGCAAAAAUGUAUCAUGAUAUCAGGUUAGUUUGCCAUACUUUUGAAAACUUGUAAUACAAAUAACUCUGUUCUGUUUUUUAUAUGUAGGAAGAUUUAUAACUUGGGAUAUAUACUGUGAUAUGAUAUAUUGUUUUCCUAUUGUGUUAUAUUUAACUCACUAAAUAAUAAAUUGGUACUUAAAAUGAGGCCAAAAAUAUCUAAAUGUUGCUUUCAGCAUAAUACUUUUUUAAUGCUGGUCAAACUUUUCCCACCAUUCUUCUCUGUAGAUCAUUUAAGAAACUGGGAUCUGCUUACAUUUUUCACAUUGUCAAAUUAUUUGAUUCCAACUGAAAGACUAGUUUUCAGUUUAGUAUUUUCAUAUUUUACAUGUUUAUGGUAAAAAAAAUUUUGAAUGGUACUUUUAAGUUUACUAGAAAUUUUUUUAUUGUUGACCUGGUUUGCCUUAUUCUAAUUGCUCCCUCUGUGUGGCAGUAAAUUAAUUCACUAUUGGAUUAAUAUGCAUCUCAUGAAAUGGUACCUAUUAAUUCCUUUGUGUACCUGUAUUAUUAGGUCAGUACAGUCUCUCCUUAAAGUGUUUUUACAUCUCUAAUAUAGUCUACAUUUAUUAAGCUGUAAUGUGUGACAUUUUUCCCAUUACAGUUUUUAAAUUUCUUAACAUUUUAACAAUACUCUUCCAAAAUUUUGCUCUUAUAAUUUAUCUUUAAAGAUUGUAAGUAACAAAUAAAUAAUAACUUUAUCAU